UCAAUCGCCAUAUUGGGUAAAGGCUUGUCUGUUUUUUUCUUCUCUCUUACUACAAGACGAAAUUGACAGGAGUGGCUUUUGCAAGUGCACUUUGUUUUGAUGAUCUGCGAAGAUUAGUUUAGCUCACAUUGGCGUAGUGGUUGUUAACGUUUUACUGUUACAACUGAGUUUUGUGCAUGGCAUGCCUGCGUUUGCGUUGAUCGCAGAAUUUUUUCGCCUGUUUUGGAUUGCGAUAAGUAAGGGGGAGAUACUUGUUUAAAUAGGUUGUUUGGUUCUUCUUUCACACGAGGAAAAUGUCAAAUGUUCGUCUCUCAAAUGGGAGCCCGACUUCGGAAAGGAUGGAUGGCAGGCUGUCGGAUCACCCGAAGUCCUCAGCCCGCAGAUCCCUUUUUGGGUCGGUGGAUCACGAAGAGUUAAAGAAGGAUUUAAAGGGACAAUUAGAAGGGAUGGAAGACGCAUCCUCUGCAAAAUGGAAUUUUGAUUUUGCGAAUAACAAGCCGCUGUCGAAUGGCCGAUUCGAGUGGCAGGUCGUGGAUAGCAAAGAUUUACCAGAGUUUUACAACAGACCACAUCGAGCUCCGAAGAACUUACGCCUUUCUGGAAAUAACAAUGUGGAUCUUAAUGGGAAUCGUAAUUGUCUGAGAGUGACUCCAUGUCAAGAGAGCCCAGGAGAAAGAAAACUGAGAACCGAGCAGAAAACUGAGAAGUCAGAAGAUCCAAUGGAUUACAAAGACCAAUGCAGCGGACAGAGGAAAAGACCAGCCAGUCAUGACUCGUUGGAUGAAGUCACUUGUGGCACCGUUUUGGCUCAUUCUGUAGAAGAUACACCCGUGAAACCCAGUCCCAAGUCACAGACGUAAACGUUAUAAAGAUCUGAAGAUGUAAUUCCCGCUUUUCAUCGAAUACUUCAGUGGUUGAUGAAGUAAAGAGGAACUACAUUUAAAGAAAAUUGAAAAUACAUAUCGUCUCUCCCGAGGACGGGGAUGCUGUACAAGCACUGAAUAUAAACACUAAAGUUGUGGCACUCAAUAAAAGGUAACUGCCUCUAAAGCAGUCAAUGUAGCAGUGUGCAAUUAGGUUUUUUCCUUUUUUGCUCAUUUUUGUACUACCUGUGUACAUAGUUUCUCUUCAUAUGUAGCACAUAAAAAUUAAGAUACAAAUUUCCUUUAUAUAAAACGGUGUGAAUUUGAUUUGACUUGAAGAAUUGCAUAGUUUUCUAAAUGUUUCCAAAAUGCUGUCAUUUUUGAAGGUGGUGUUUUUUUUGUUUGUUUUUUUUGGGCGGGGGGUUGGGGGGGUCUUUUUAUAUGAAAAAAAAAUACUUGGAAAUGUGCUAAUCAGGGUUUGAAAUGUUCCCAAUCAUUAGAUCUUCACUUUUUUUCAUUUUGGCUCUUUACUGCACCUAAGUGAAGUGCUGUACAUUUUUUCAAAAGUAGUUCAUAAGUUAAGGUCAUUGAAAGGUUUGAUUUCUCUUGGGACCUUGGGACCUAAGAUACUAAACAUGCCCCAAGAAAAUGGCUGUUCAGAAUUUGAUCCUGCAGUGAUGAGCAAUGGCAGUGAUUAUGUUUGAUCUCUCACUCUGCCCUUUUGUGUGGGGAGAAAGUUUAUAAUUACUGUAAAAUUAAUUCUGCCAAAGUUUCUGUUCCAAGUUUUGUGUUCACUUGAUUAGAACAGUAGAUGUUACCUUUGGGGGCGGGGGCAGUUUGAAGUAUUCAGGAGUUUAAUAAUUGAAGUUGAAGCAUAAGGUCAAAUUUUACAGCUCAGUAUUACUACAACAGCCACUGACUAAAUGCACCGAAGUGUCUUAUUUGCUUUAUUUAUACUUUUUUUUUGUAAAUUUAUAUAUAUCUUUUUAUUUUAAGUGAUAUGUCCUACUGAUCCAGUAAAUUGUAACAUCAAAAUUGUAUUGUUUAAGGUUAUUGUGUAUUUCCCCACAGUUCAGCUGGUAAAAUAUUUAAUGCAGUGCAAUGUGAUAAAAAUUGGUUGAAGAUAACAUUCUUCUGCCUUUGACCAUAAUUCUGCAUGUUCUUUAAGAAAUGUAUGAAUCCAGCACUGUCAUGCCCAGAAAAGGAGUUCUCCAUAUUUCAAAAAGGAAGUUACACUGCCUGUGUAUUUUGUGUAAAACUCUGAAGUGUACCUAUGUACAUAACUUUGUAAAAACACUGAGAAAUUAUACUAACUUAUUUAUGUCAAGCUUUUUUUAUUUAGAAAAAAUGGGUUUUGUUUAUU